AAUAGCAUUGAAGAGGCAGGGCAGCGGGGCAGAGGUGCAGAUGAAAAGAGUCUAGAGAAACUACUUCUUCAAGCUCUGAUAUAUAUAUACAACUACCAGACCUCCAAACUCAAAAUGAAUGGACAGAAGCAGUGGACGAGGGUGGCUGUGAUGGCUCUCCUGGUGCUGACGGUGAUGGCCGCCGAAGGAGGCAAAGCAGAGAAACAAGGGAAGAAGGAGCGCAAGUCGGACUGCGGCGAGUGGCAGUGGAGCGUGUGCGUCGCCAACGAGGGCGACUGCGGACUCGGCACCCGGGAGGGAACUCGCACCGGCACCGACUGCAAGCAGACCAUCAAGACCCAGCGCUGCAAGAUCCCCUGCAACUGGAAGAAGAAGUUUGGAGGGGAAUGCAAGUACGACUUCCAGGCAUGGGGGGAGUGCGACCUGGCGACGGGCAAGAAGAACAGGACGGGCGUGCUGAAGCGGGCGCUCAUGGACGCGACCUGCGCCACCACUGUCACAGCCACCAAGCCCUGUGGGAAAAUCCCCAAGACCAAGCUGCAAGAUGCGAAGAAGCAGAAGAAGGAAGGCAAGAAGCGAGACCGCACCCAAAUGGACUGAAGAGGUCGUUUCACCCCCCCGCCACCCCAGGGAGGAAAGAAGAAGAGGGUGGGAAAAUGUCCAUUGCCCUGUUUCAACACGGCUCCUCUUUAUACGUCCUGUAGGUUUGACAGUAGGAGCCAAUAGUGGAAGACCAGUGGAAAUAUGACUUUUAGUGACCAAGUGUUUUACUUUUCCUUCUUUUUCCUUCUAGCACCUGAUGAGAUACAACUUGUGUGUGUUUGCUUAUAGGAGAUAUAAAUAUAAUACUCAGUGGUAGGGACAGAUAAUGAGUACGGAGAUUUGUUUACUAGCGUUCUCACCUAAUGAUGUUAUUGCUAGGAGUAUUUUUUCUGAAGAAACAAAUUGGAUAGGAUUUGUUUUACAGCUGCGGAGCCUAACUCUCAUCUGGUCCGCGCGGCCACUUAAUAAGGCAGUUCUGAAACCAUCUUUGCUUAAUUAUUUUUGGCAAAAAAUAAAGUUGUGCAUUUGCAAAAAAAGUUAAUUGUAACUCCGAUCACUCUGUUUUUUUUUUCUCAUUUCCAAUAAGAACAAACAACAUAAGUUGGUUCUAUCUGGAGGCUGCAUGAAAUAACUUCUGUAUACGUGUGUGUUGUAACUGUUUUUAGUUUGUUGUUUUUUCCUCCUGCUGCUCUGCUGUACCUCAAUUUAUACACUGAUUUCUACUCUCCCAGCUCCCGGCUGUAAAAAAAAAGUUGGACUAAACAUGCCCCCCCCUUUGUUCCCUGUUACACUUCCAAAAAUAAAAACGAAUAAGACAAAAAAAAAUGUAGAGGAUAUCCA